UAUAAAUAAAUCAAUAAAAAAAAAAAAAAAAAAAUUAAAACAUGGCCGACACAGCUGUAGCAACCGAAGCGCCAGCACCGGCGACCCCUGCGAAGAAACCCAAGGCGUCCGCGGUCGCCGCCGCCGGCGGUGGCGCCGCCGCCGCCAAGAAACCGAAAGCGAAACCUACUCACCCUAAAACGUCGGAAAUGGUGAACAGCGCCAUCAAAGAGUUGAAGGAACGUAGCGGUUCUUCGCUUCAGGCGAUCAAGAAAUACAUCGCGGCUCAAUACAAAGUCGAUUCGGAAAAAUUGGCUCCCUUCAUCAGAAAGUAUCUGAAGAGCGCCGUAGAAUCGGGCGCGCUCAUACAGACCAAGGGCAAGGGCGCAUCGGGUUCGUUCAAGCUGGAAUCGAAAACGUCGGCUUCGAAGAAACCCGCGGGCUCCGGAGCGGGAAGCGGGUCCGGCGGCGGCGGUGGCGGCGGAGGCGGCGGCAAGGCCGCGUCCUCGGCGGCUUCGGGUAAAUCGAAGAAGGCCACGUCCGCUCCGGUCGGCGGCGGCAAGGGCGGCGGCGCCGCGGGCAAGAAAGCGGCCGCCGGCGGUGCUUCGUCCGGCACGGCGGCGUCUUCGCCGUCCAAAUCUAAGGCGAAGGCUACGAUUAAGGACAAAAAAGCGGCAGCGGCUAAAAAGAAACCGGCCGCCGCCGCCGCCAAGAAGGCCGCCGCGGCCGCCGCUCCUUCGAAGGCGAAGGGUGCCGCGUCGAAGGCGAAGAAGAGUGCGAAGCCGCCGACCAAGAAACCUAAAGCACCGAAACCGAAGAAGGCAGCCGCCGCUGCACCGAAGUCGAAACCGGCGGCUAAGAAAGCGGCCGCCGCUAAAAAGUAAGUCCCCCGCCAGCAGCCGCCGCGGUGAUAAUGACGACGACAUCGUUCAAAAGUGUUAUCAACAACAACAACAACAACAACAACAACAACAACAUCGACAACAUACAUUUGUCCCGUCCCACGACGACGACUGUGAUGAUGACGAUGCAAGCGUGUGCGGCGCGUAAAUCGCACGAUAAAAAGCCCUUUUAAGGGCUAACACAAAUUUCUUAAGAAACGAAAGAAAAAAAAAAGAAAAAAAAAAAAAAAAAAAAAAAAAAGUUUCGAACGACACGACACGAUACGAUAUACCCUCCUAUCCCUCUCUAUAUAGUACAUAUACAUUUAUAGAUCACCAUCGUGUACUACGUACGAAAGGUUGAUAUAAGAUAGAUAAGGAAAAUUAUAUUAAAUAACUAAACAUAUUAAUAUUUACAUACGAACAACACAAACUACACUAUUCUUUAAAUAUUAUAAUGAUAAUAUUCACGAUACCGCUCUAGCCCUACCUUCUCUCUUCCUUUCUCUUACACUUUAAUAUAAUAUUUCGCUUUAUUAUUAUUUCAAAUAAUCAUUCGUUUUUCCAUUCCAUUCCAUCGACGACGAACACCACCACAACCACCACCACCACCACCACGAAUUCGCACUCACUCGAUCACCGGAACCAUCUCCCCCGCCCGACUGCCCGAAUUUAUAACGUAACGUAA